UAUUGGAUGCCAACCGCCGUUAAACCUCAUCGAAGAAGAAUAAGAAGCGUAGUCUUUUCCGGUGCUGUGUCAGCCUGCUGAAUUUACCUCAUGGUUCCAGUCGAACUGUGAACCGUUUUUAUUUAUCCCUUUUGAACAACAAUGUGAGUCUAGAUAACCAGAUGAGAAAAAAUGGCAGAAACUGUUCAGGAAAAGAGCCGUGGACUGAAGUUUGCAGAGCAACAGCUACUGCGUCAUGGCUGGGAACAAGGUAAAGGUCUUGGUCGGCAGGAGAAUGGUAUAUCUGAGGCUAUCAAAGUCAAAGUGAAAUGUGACAAGGGAGGAGUGGGACAUCGUCAAGGGGAGCAGUUCACCUUCCAUUGGUGGGACCAUGUCUUCAACAAAGCAUCUUCUAGCCUGGAAGUGGAAUCUGGCGAGAAUGGUGUGCAGGUGAAGAAGUUGGUGGAGGAGGAAGAGGAAGGAAUGAUCUCCAACAAGAAGCCAACGAAAGCCAUGUUGGGAAGAGACAAACUUUAUGGAUGCUUUGUGAAGUCUGCCACCCUCCUGGCAGGACUGGAGCAGCCAGAGCAGAAGUCCUCCAGUACAGAUGACAGCAGCAGCAGCUCUGACGAUGAGGACCAGAGACUGGACCUCUCCAGCACCACCAAGCUAUCAGACGCUGACCUGGUGAAGGCUUGUGGAGGACGCACCGCCCACAAAGGAGCCAGACACGGCCUUACCAUGAGUGCCAAGCUAGCCAGACUGGAGCAGCAGGAGCAAGAGUUCAUGGCAAAGUAUGGCAAGAAAAACCAACUAGCGGCUGCAACACCAGAUAGCGUCACUACCCAGCCAGCUGCCCAGAUCCCUGAGGAUGAACUGACCCAUGAGACCCCGGGGAAGAAGACCAAAAAGAAAAAGAGGAAGAAUCACUCAGAGGAUACCCGUGAGAAUGUGGCUGAAGAGAACGCUGAUUCUGCUGUUGUCUCCAGAAGUACCAACAUGAAAAUAAAGGUGAAAAAUAAGAAAAAGAAGGAAAGUUUAAAGGAGAACACUGGGGAGGUGGCGGUGGUUCCUGUAGAGGAGGACGAUAAUACAGCAGACAAUGCUCAGCCAACCAAGAGGAAACGUUCAAAACAGAGGAAGGUGUUGGAAGAGGGCGAGAGCUGUCAUCUAAAUGGAGAGGUGUGUGAAACUGAUAUCAUUUCUAUAGAGAGUGAAGCCGGAGGAGGCUGUGAAGACGCGUCGGAGGGAGAAGGUGCCACUCGGCAACAGACGGACUCCUACACUACUACCAAGAAGAAGAAGUCCUCCAAGAACAAAGAGGUGGCUGAGGAGAUGGAACACUCUAAAGAUGGAGAAACCAACCAAUCAGAAACUGUGGCGGACUCCCCUCCAAAAAAGAAAAAGAAACGGGAUGGAGCAAUAGAGAGAACAGUGGAGGAGGAACCUAAAAUAAAAGGUAAAAAAAAUAAAUGCAAAGCGGUCAAGCAGACCGUAGAGGACAGUUUGCACGAUGUAUUGGACUCCAUACCUCUAAACAAGAAAAAGAAGAAAGCUAAACAACAGGAACCAGUUUGAUGAGGACUCGUGGUUGCCUUGUUGGAAAGGAAACAGGUCAGGAAUUUGGGCCAGCGCUCUAAUACAUCUUAUAAACACAUGAAACCAUCGAAUGAAAUGCAGUAUAUUUUUAAUUAACGGCUUAUUGCAACACCAUGCAAAAAGGAUGUUUUGUUUCUUGUCAACAUAUUUAUUUGUAUGGAAAGAUUCAACUACAGACUAUUAAGAAAAUAUAUAUUUAGUCGUCAACUAGUGUUUUUAUACAGCUUCUUGUAUGGUGGUCUUGUAUUGUUCAUAUUCUCAACAUGGAUGUUUUAAACAAUGUGAUAUCAACAUCAGAUAUGAGGUUGCUAUGUAUGAGCACAGUAAUGUAUUUUCUUUUCUCAAUAAACUUUCCUUACUACUUUGUGUGAUGAGGUACAAGUGCCAAUUAAAGCUGCUGAUUUAGAAGUAUUACAUUGUUUAUAAAACAGUGAUUUUAUUAAAAGCGGAACCUAUGAAAGCCCUACAC